AGGGGAGCUGAUUGGCGUGAUGGGAAACAACCCUUUUACACAGCUCACAGUAACAGAGCAGAGGCUGUCAAUCUGCUGGAAGUCCCUCCCCUGUCACCAUUUUUCUCUUGGUGUCAGGAAAACGUGUCAGAAUGUUUCAUGCUGAUAGCAGAACAAACAAGGUUCACACCGAAGCGUUUUCUGCCGUGUUUUGCAGAAACGCAGUACAGUCCAUUUAACAUGAUUUCCUGUGGGACAGGUUCACAUCUCUGCAUUUUCACUCAGUGUGUUUUUUGGAAAGGGUCAGGGACUUUUUGGAACGCA